AUGGUUAAGCUGAAGACAGCCCUGUGCCCUGUGUCUUCCCCAUCCCAGGCUGGCUGGCGGUUUGGCCAGCUGAAAGUAAAAAAGAAGUGGCUUUUCCCAGCUUCCUGCAGCUUUUUUCUGCUCUCAGUGCUCAUGACCGGCUGCUUCCUGUGGCAGUACUUCCUCCCCAAGCUGAAGACCGGCUCCUUGGGACCAGAAGCGCCCUCUGCCUCUGUGAGGAUGUGUCCCCAGCACCAGCCUGUGCCCCUGGCACACCCUGUCCCCGUGUUGAAGGAGGCCCUGGAAAAGGUGGAGAGGAUCCUGCGCCAGGCACUGUCUGCCCCAGGGCUGGCGGCCAUGUCUGCAGUUGUCACCCACAAUGACACCGUGCUCUGGACUGGGAACUUCGGGAGGAAGAAUGGCUCGGACCCAGCUUCUGGCCCCCCCAAUGAGUACACCAUGUACCGAAUCGCCAGUGUCUCCAAGAUCUUUCCAGUCCUCAUGCUGUCCCGCCUGUGGGAGGAGGGUAUCGUGGUCUCCCUAGAUGAUCCUCGACGGUAUGCCAGCUCCUUCACUAUUAACAACCCGCUGGGCAUGGCACCAGCCCCCAAAUAGCAGAGCCUGAUGGAUGGGCUGGAGGAGGUGGGCCCAGCCCCAAGGCCUUCGCCCGUCACCCUCCGAAGGAUGGCCAGCCAGCUCUCAGGGCUGCCCCGAAGGCUGCGAUCCACUUCGCUGCUGUGGAGGGGCAGCACCCAGGAGGCCCUGAGCCUGCUCAAGGAUGAUGUGCUGGUGGCGGACCCGGGAACCAGGUGCCAUUACAGCACGCUGGCCUUCUCGCUUCUGGCGCACGUCCUGGCAGCCCACACGGCCCAGGGUGACUACCAGCGCUGGGUCCCCGAGAACGUGCUGGAGCCGCUGGGGCUGGCAGACACCGGCUUCGACCUCACCCCUCCGGUGCGCGCCCGCUUGGCGGCGGGCUUCUACGGCAGCGGCCGGCCGGCCCCGCUCUACGACCUGGGCUGGUACCGCCCGUCCGGCCAGAUGUACUCCACCCCCGCCGACCUGGCCCAGCUGGCCAUGGCGCUCCUGGGCAGCGGGCCCCGGCGGCUCCUGCGGCCCGACGCGGCCAAAUCGCUGCUGGCACCGCUGCUGGCCUGCCCCGGCGCCUACUUGGCCGACGAGACCGGCACCCCCUGGGAGUUCCACGCGCAGAGGGGCUACCGCCUGGCGCGCAAGGACGGCUACGCCGCCACCUUCUCCCUGGUGCCGCCGCUGCAGCUGGGCCUCGUGCUGCUGCUGGUGGCGCGGGCCUAGGACGCGCUCCUGCCGGCCCUGGAGCGGGCCCUGCGGGAGGCCGCCCCCCCCGCCCCGCCCCCGAGCGCGCGCCCGUUCGCCGGCUACUUCACCUGCGCCAACCACACCUUCUACGAGGUGCGCGCCGGGCCGGCGGGCGAGCUGCGCCUGCGCCAGUUCGGGCCCCGCGCGGAGGCGCUGGUGCCGCCCGCGUUCCGGACGCUGGCGCUGCGCCACCUGCGCGGCCGCGUCUUCCAGCUGCACGUGGCCCGCGCGUUCCCGUGCGCGCUGCCGCUCGGCGCCGCCUGGCUGUCCCUCGAGGCCCAGCCCGGGCAGCUCGUCCGCGUCUACCCCCUGGACCGCCGCGGGCUCCCCGGCUUCGACGUUCCCGGGCUCGACACGUACCGGGUGCUGCGGCUGCUGCGCAAGCCCGUCUUCCAGACCCAGUGACCCGGGCUCUGGCCGGAGCCUCCCCGCCUCGCCUUCCCGCGAACCCAGGUAGUUGACGAAGCGGGGUAGGGCCCCCGCUACUCGGAGUGUGGACCCCGGACCACAGCCGGGCUGCAAACGAUUCCUUAUCCACGGGGGAGGACGAGCUAAGUACAGAAACUUAGAAUAAAGCAUUUACAGACUUUGAACAGCGCGCUGACAAAGUACUUUUGUGUCUGUUGAAUCUAAGACAAAAUAGGGGCUUGUGUUUUGUCUUUUAAAAAAAAUCAA